CAUCCGUCCAUCCGUCGCUAAGUGCUAAGCGCUUCUCUACGUCUGUGCCCGACGCUCGCUCGCUGCCCCGCCCCCGUAUGCACAUACGCAUGGCCGCCGCACCCGCACCCGCAGCGAAACAAGCGAGUCCGCACCAUCCCGCUAAUCCUGCCAGACAGCCUGUCUGUCUGUCUGUCUGUCUGCAUCCAUAGAUUAACUCUAUCCCGCCGGCCACCCAUACCACCAGACCCCUCCCUCCCUCACUCUACGCCUGCCUGCCUCCUAUACAUGCUUCGGCCGACCACCAUACCUCUGCGGCGUCACACGGGCUCUCACCUCGCCGUCAAGUCAAGUUGUUAGAUGCCUCUGCUAGCCCUGUUGCUGCCCUUGGGGUGGUGGCGAUGGUGGCUCGGCCGGCGGGAGGGGGCGUGAGGAUGGCUGGGUGGGCGGGGGUGGGCUGACCACGAUCGGCUAGGUGCCGGUUUGGGUGUGGGAAGGAGGGGCCUCUUCUGCAGCUGCUGGUGGCGCUGCUGCUGUUGCUGUUGGUGGUGGCUGCUCGCCACCCUCGCUCUCAACGCUGACGGCUGACCACACAAACACACACACACACACACGAAUGUGUUUUGGAUGCACACGUACAGACGUGUAUGCGCACCUGCCACCUCUUCGCCGAACCAUGGGUGCCCCAGCGCAGCCUCAGCUGCAUGGAAACAAACAGACAGACACACACAGAAGAUGAGUGGGCAUCCGUCAGUCAAACACACAUACACAUACACAUACACAUACACAUAAAACACGGAGCUGACCCGACGACAGCCUCUCAGACGGCUCCAACUUGAGCAGCUGCUUGGCCAGGUCGAUGGCGGCAGGGCUGACGUCACGCGGUGUGGUAUAGGUGAACAUUUUGGGCGCCGCCUAUGGAUUGGCAGCACACACAGCGAUGCCUUAGUCUAAGUAGCACUCACGUCAGAGGAAUGCACCUCCGUCUAUCCGUCCGCAGCGUACCUCCUGAAUUAUGUCGUAGGCCUCGUCGUUCUCAGCGUCGUCGGGGACGUCGUGCGGCCAGCCGUCGUACAGCAUGGCAUAGCUGAUGCACACAUAGAAAGAAAAAGGCCAAGAGAGAUCCAUGUGUGUUCCGCCCCGCUUACAGGAUGACCCCAGCCGCCCACAGAUCGCUCUUUGUGCUGUAGAGGCCAUCCUUGAAGCACUCCGGCGCUUGUGGAAGGAAGCACAACACAACCAUGAGGGGAAUCAAUAGGAGAGUGCACUCACUGUUCCACCCACCCACCCACCCACCGACCCACCGACCAUGUAAGGCCGAGUGCCGACUCGCAGCUCCCCCUCCCCCAGGUCCACCGUCGGCCGCGUGCACAGGUCGAAGUCGAGCAGCUUCAGCUGCUGGUCCCUGGUGGCGAAGACGCAGUUGUCGGGCUGACAACAGACAGAGACCACCACAAGAAAGGCAGACAAAAAGCCUGCCAAUGUAUGUCGACAGAAAGGAAACAACUGACCUACCUUGAUGUCCCGGUGGAUGAUCUGCCAGUAGUAAUGAGAUUCAGACAAACAGACAAACAGGCGCCACAGUGUGGUGUGUAUCUGUCUGUGUCGAUUGCUACGUAUCUGUGAAUGCCUACGUACGUGGUGGGCGUGGAGGUGCUGGAUGGCCAUGAGGAUCUCCCGCAUCACCCUCUUGGCGUCGCCCUCCGGCACCCCGUGCUCGUCGUGCAGGUUGAGGAGGCACUCGAGCGUCAUGCCGUGAAGCCGCUCCAUGGUCACGUUCAGCCACUCCCUGCCGUUGGUGGUGUCGAUGCUGACGGCGUAGAGCUUGACGAUGUGGGGGUGGCCGUGCUGCAGGAGGGUCGUGUAGGCGUGGUAGCGGUCCCCAUCCUGCCUGCACAGCACACACACACACACACACACACACACACAUAACAACACAGAAAGGGAUGCAUACGCAGAGAGGCUGGCCAUCUCUUUCUCGCUCACGGUCUGCCGCGCUGUCUCAUCGACUUGAGGAUGCACACCUCCCGGGUGUGGCGAUGGACCGCGGUGCAAACCUUACUCAUCCUGUGGCAUGAAACGAACCACACACAUGCGUGCGUUGCGUCCACUUGAUCAUCUCUUUCCUCUCUCCGUCUGUUCUUUGCUGUCUUACGGCUUCUUGGAGAACAGCCUGUCGCGGAGGUACAUGUCCUCCAUGCUCAUGGCUGGGGCUGGGCAGGCCGGCUCACGCAAUCCAAUAACACACGCCACACACGAACGCAAGAUGCUGCUGCAGAGCGCAGGGCUGCCCUUGCGCCGUGGAUCUG